GCAAACCAGCAUCUGAGAAGAGAAGAAGAAGAAGAGAACAUCUGAGAAGAAGAAGAAGAAGAAGAAGAGGAAAAAACAGGAGAACAUCCAAACAGCUGUCCAAGAGUGAAAAUCCAAAUCGUUGACAACUAUGAAUAUGAAAACAAAUCAAGGCUUUCCAUAUCCAAAAAUCCAGCCAGAAUGUGGGUAUCCAGCCUCAUUGCUCUGUGCCUUUUGGCUGUGGCCGUGUCCGGUGAGGACAAAAAGUUAAGCACUCAUGCAACCUCCAUGGCAGACACCAGCGCCAAUCUGGCCUUCAAUCUCUACCACAAUGUGGCUAAAGAAAAGGGUCUCGAGAACAUCCUCAUCUCACCUGUGGUGGUGGCUUCUUCUCUUGGUAUGGUGGCAAUGGGAAGCAAGUCCUCCACCGCAUCCCAGGUGAAGAGCGUCUUGAAAGCUGACAAUCUGAAGGACGAGCAUCUGCAUACAGGCUUGUCGGAGCUUCUCACUGAGGUCAGUGACCCACAGGCCCGCAAUGUGACGUGGAAGAUCAGUAACAAGCUGUACGGCCCCAGCUCUGUCAGCUUUGCUGAAGACUUUGUCAAGAACAGCAAGAAGCACUACAACUAUGAGCACUCCAAAAUCAACUUCCGUGACAAGAGAAGCGCCAUUAACUCCAUCAAUGAGUGGGCUGUCAAGACAACUGAUGGAAAACUGCCAGAAAUUACAAAGGAUGUGAAAAACACGGACGGGGCUAUGAUCGUCAAUGCUAUGUUCUUCAAACCCCACUGGGAUGAGAAGUUCCACCACAAGAUGGUUGACAAACGUGGUUUCCUGGUGACCCGCUCUCACACAGUCUCUGUCCCAAUGAUGCAUCGCACAGGAAUCUAUGGCUUCUAUGAAGACACAGAGAACAGAUUUUUAAUGGUCAGCAUGCCUUUGGCGCAUAAGAAGUCUAGCAUGAUUUUCAUCAUGCCGUACCACGUGGAGCCUCUGGAGCGGCUGGAGAAUCUUCUCACCCGCCAGCAGCUGGACACCUGGAUCGGCAAACUUGAGGAGAGAGCGGUCGCCAUCUCUCUGCCCAAAGUGAGCAUGGAAGUCAGCCAUGACCUUCAGAAACACCUUGGAGAACUCGGCCUUACUGAAGCUGUGGACAAGUCCAAGGCAGAUCUGUCCAACAUUUCCGGCAAGAAAGAUCUUUACCUCUCCAAUGUCUUCCAUGCUUCCUCCUUGGAGUGGGACACUGAGGGAAACCCAUUUGACACCAGCAUUUUCGGCAGUGAGAAGAUGAGGAACCCCAAGCUCUUCUACGCUGACCAUCCCUUCAUUUUCCUUGUGAAAGACAACAAGACCAACUCCAUCCUUUUUAUUGGCAGGCUAGUUCGCCCUAAGGGUGAUAAAAUGCGAGAUGAAUUGUAACGUUUAGGCUAUUUGAAUGAAAUUUUGUGGGGGUUUUUUCAAACUGCUAUUAUUGUUAUUAAUGGUGUUACCUCAGGUGUAUGGACAAUCUAAGUGAAUUUGUCAGUACAAAAGCAUUGCUUAAGAAGAUAGGUGGUAUGUGUCAGGAGCAAUGGUAGAAAUAAGUGAGAUAUAUUUGAACCACACAAAAUGACCAGUGGUUUGACAUCAAUUAUGUCAUGUGCAUUAUUCAAUCGAACACUAUGCUUACAUUAAGUGUAGUGUAAUUGAUGUUGAGCUAUGGUGUUGUGAUAUUCAUGAUUGUGCUUGUAGAACCUCUCUUUGUGAGUAUGUAACAUCUGGGUAGGGGUGACCUUAUCUUUAACGUUUAAAGGAAAAAGGUAAUCCUACUCAAUUGUUUCUUAAAGCACAGUUUUGUAGGUUCGUUUAUUUCACUUUCAUCCAACAAAAGAACUGCUGCACUGAUGCCUGUCUUCAGAAAUCUCCAGGUUGACCGAUGCCAUGUUAUAAUAUGUCUUAAUUCUAAAAUGUUUUGAGAAAGUUUUUCCUUCUUCUUUGUCAGAAUUUUUUUCAAUAAACUGAAAUGAAAAUA